AUGGAAGAUGCUGUGAGGGUGUUGAAUUCGACUAGAGAGCAGGAUGUGUUUCUCUGGACGUCUGUGGUUUCAGGGUUUGUUAGAAACUUGAGAGGCAAGGAAGCUGUUGCUGCGUUUCUUGAGCUUGUGUUCCUCUGUCAGGUCGCUGGAUUUAGGCAAGCAGAUUCAUUCACAGACGGCAAGCAUGAGAUGGCAAUAAGUGUCAUCAGUGAUAUGUGUUGUGUUGGAAUCAGAAUGGAUCAGUUUUGCUUACCCGGGUUUAUCUCCGCUUCAGCCAACUUGGGAGCUCUUGAAACUGGGAGACAUCUUCAUUGUCACUCUGUGAAAACAGGGUAUUUUAGCUCUGUUUCGGUUUUGAAUAGUUUGCUUGACAUGUACGGUAAGUGUGGUAGCUUGGAAGAUGCCAAGAAAGCGUUUGAAGAGAUAGCUAAACCGGAUGUGGUUUCUUGGAACGGGUUGCUAUCUGGUUUGGCAUCAAACGGUUGUGUUUCAUCUGCUCUCUCUGCAUUCAAGGAGAUAAGGAUGAAAGGAACGAACCUGAAUACCUGCAUGGUGACAAUGCUCAGCAAGCACAAUGGAACUUAG